AUGGCGAAAGUCAUCAGAGUGGCAUCACCACCAGGGUUUUAUCCGUCAGUUUCGGCAGAGAUUACCAAUCAGACUGUAACUAUCGCAACAACAAGCAGUUCUGUUACACCUGUUACACGUUCUACUACAAGUUUCACCACCAGCGCACUCACAACCACGCCUUCCACCAUCAUACUUACAACAUCUGCUGCACCUACCACAACCAGUUCUACCACACCUGCAACAACACCGGCAGCGCACUACAACACUGAGUCAGCCACACCAGUCACAACAACAGUCACGCACUACAACACUGAGUCAGCCACACCAGUCACAACAACAGUCACGCACUUCAACACUGAUUCAGCAACUCUAGUCACAACACCUGCCACGCCUGCAGCAACAACGUCCACGCUUUCAACAAUCGCUCCGUCAACACCAGUCACAACAGCAUCAAGUCCGUAA